AUGAGAAUAAGAAUAGUGCAUCCUACAAGGCAUUCAUUAUCAAUCUGGACCUUGCCAUCUGACAUUGGCCACAUUCGUUUUCGACAGGAUUCGGGUGUGAGUAGCAACAAGUUACAACGACUACAGAGGAUAAUUACCCGGGAAGGCUGCCGUCGCCUGGACGCUCAGAACCAUGUCCCAUGCCUGAUCUCUCGUCAAGCCCUGGAUAACUCGCUGCGACACGCAGCGACCAGCUCUGCCGAGUUACUGACGAACGAACCUGAGCGGUACCCCUGGCUUCAGUUUCCAGGCAAUGAACUGCUCUGUCUGCAUGGACGGCAUCGGAUCGAAGCCGGCCGGCAGGCCCUGCCUCCCUGCGAUCGGUGGUGGACAGUGGAUUUAUACUUAGACGACAUAGGGCUUGAGUUGCAGGCAACACUUGCCGAAGAGUAUUCCAACGAAAUAGCACCCGGUGACGGCGAGAUAUACCGGAAGAUAGAACGUUACAAGGCUGAGGGGAAUGUGCAGUCCCUGGAAAGGUGGGAGUCGCGCCUCUCAGAGACCAAACUCACUAGGCUGAAACAGCUAUCGAAGCAUGAAAGACUGAGUGCGGCCUUUAACCGACUGCUUCCAGUUCCAGGGCUUUGGGGUGGAAUGAGGCUCGGCGGCCUGGGGCCAGUAUUUUCCGCUAAAUGCGACGAGGAGAUCAUAAAUUACUUAACCUAUGUGUGGGUGUUCUGGUCCUCGCUUGUAGACAAUGAUCAAUCCGCAAUGGGGAAAAUAGACCAGCAUACCGUUGAAACCAUACAGCUUACGGCUCCUGGCGCCUGUACAACCGACUCCAGGAAGGUGCAUGGCCUCAUUAUUAGCGGGGAGGUAUUCCGCAACUUCAGUAGCCGCGAGCGGGAGGCAAUCUGGGGGAAACUAGAAGAGUUUGACGGUCUAAUCCCAUCACUAUUUUCCUUUUUCGAGGACUUCAAGUAUCUGGUCGCGUGCUUGCGCUGCAUACGGCCGAUUCUCACACUAACUAAAGCCUUCCGCACCGUCAAGCAGGCAAUGGAGCACAUGUUCAAAGAUACCCACCAGAAUAAGAACGUGUGUAAGAUUCAGACGAUGGAGGGCAGAUUCAGGACAACGUCUGAGAGUUUUGAGUGCCGUUUCGAGCUGGGGUACCGGCAAGUCUGGCUCUACGCAAUGCGCCACUACCCUGAAGCCGGAAAAGGUGCUGGGGGGGAUACUUGCCUCGCCGACUCCGUGGGCAAGGACGCGGAUGAAGCUACACUACACAACAUGGCGGCCCUUGCGUGUGACCUUGGCUUCGAGUCCCCCCAGAUAAAAACAUUGCUCGAGAGCCACCCCGACAGGCUCAUCGCCCGGAACGCCCUGCUCAAAGCUCGAAAACCGGGCCAAUACCGAUACCCCCCAGAAAAGUUCGACAACCUAGUUGAUCAGAUCACUCAGUUUUUUCGGGAAGCACAAACCUGCGAGGCCCAAGCAUCCAAUAAGCCGGUCGCCGAUAGCGUUAAUAAAGUUAAGGCUCGAUGCGGGCAGCCUACAGCAAGAUGCCAGAAACAAGAUAGCCCGUAUCUCUUUCUUGAUUAUCUUCAUACUGGUAAAGAGAAUAUGGCCGAGUCUGUCACAGGCCUGUUUGUCCGACGCUGCGUAUAUCUUGCGUUCUUUGGAAAGGUUUCCCAACCCACUGCAAGUGGGCUAGAGGAGCCUGCCACAAGCGAUAUUCUAGAUAUCCCGCCAUUAUCAGCCAAAGAGAAUGCUUCCAUGAGUGAAGCCUGUUGGGGUAAACAGCGGGAUUCAGAUACGGCGGAUGAGAGCGGCCGCGAGGCAGAGUGCUGGAAGCGCGCGAGCCAAGAUAUACAAGCAAAGAAAAGAGAGCGCCGGGAACAGCGCCAAAGAAGAAAAAAGAGACGGGAAAAAGCAAGGCUGUUGCGGAAACGGGCUGUCGAAGGGGGGCUGUUCGUUGAGGCUGAUAAUUCCGAGACAGAGCGGGCCGGAGAGCAUAAGAUACAAUUAAAACCCGGGAAUCAGCACCAAUCUGAUAACAUGGCACGGGGUGACCAAGAGCCUAGACAUGGCCGUGGCGGUAACCGAAAGAUGGGUUUCUUAGAGUCGCUCUGCUCCUGGCGCUAA